AGAGCUUGGAUCUGAAACUUUAAAACCAUGCUUUAACAUUAUUACAGCAUAUGUGUUGCUUGGUACCAAAGUCUUUCUACAGAGUUACUCUGGGACUGUUGUCGCAGCCUGUGCCUCACAUCUUGGAAAUGAUGUCAAACCAGAGGGCAUUGUUAUGGUAAUGAGGGUGAUGGAGACCAUUUUAAAAGUCUUUCCUGUGGAAGGAUCUGAAAUGUUCAGACAGCUUUUACCAGAUAUAUUACAUGCUGUAUUGAAAGGAGAUGAAUACCCUAUGGUGAUAUCCAUGUACCUGUCUGUUCUGGCAAGGAUUAUGUUACAGAAUGAAACUUUCUUUUUCUCAUUCUUGGAUGAUGUUGCUCGUCAUUGUGAAAAACAGAGUACAGAACUACUAUCAUCACUAAUAGACAUGUGGGUUGAAAAGAUUGAUAUGAUUACACAGACAGAAAGGAGGAAAUUGUCAGCUUUUGCAUUAGGUUCACUUUUAACAGUGAAUUCAAGGUAG